AUGGAUGAGAAAAAUUUCACCAAAGUGAAAGAGUUUAUACUUUUAGGGUUUACAUCAGACCUGUGGUUACAGAAAGUACUCUUUGUCAUUUUCUUCAUCAUCUAUGUCGCUAGUCUUUCAGGGAACAUCACCCUGAUUUCUCUGAUCUGUGCUGAUUCUCGGCUCCACACAGCCAUGUAUUUCUUCAUUGGGAACCUGUCUUUUCUGGAUCUCUGGUAUUCCUCUGUCUACACCCCAAAGAUCCUGGUGACCUGCAUCUCAGAAGACAAAAGCAUCUCCUUUGCUGGCUGCCUAGCUCAGUUCUUCUUCUCUGCUGGGCUGGCAUAUAGCGAGUGUUACCUGUUGGCCGCCAUGGCUUAUGACCGCUAUGUGGCCAUCACCAACCCUCUGCUUUAUUCACAGGUGAUGUCCUCAAGGAUAUGUGCAAGUCUUGUUGCAGCUUCAUACCUUAGUGGCUUUCUUAACUCAAUCAUCAUUACCAGUGAGACAUUUACCCUCAGCUUCUGUGGGAGCAAUGUUAUUGAUGAUUACUUCUGUGAUCUGCCCCCCCUUGUCAAACUGGCCUGUGAUGUGAAGGGGAGUUACCAGGCUGUGCUCUAUUUCAUACUGGCCUCCAAUGUCAUUGCUCCUGCUGUGCUCAUCCUUGCCUCCUACCUCUUUAUCAUUGCUGCCAUCUUGAAGAUCCGCUCCACCCAAGGCCGCCUCAAGGCUGUCUCUACCUGUGGCUCUCACCUGACAGCUGUCACCUUGUACUAUGGCUCUAUUCUCUUCAUUUACUCCCGUCCAAGUACGAGCUAUGCCCUGGAAAGGGAUAAAGUGGUGUCGGUGUUCUAUACUGUGGUGAUACCAUUGUUGAAUCCCUUGAUCUAUAGCUUAAGAAAUAAAGAUGUUAAAGAUGCUCUGAAGAAAAUGUUAGAUAGGGCACCAAUUUUUAAAUGA